AUGGACCUGGCGCUAAAAGCGUUGGAUGGCCAAGCUUAUGGCCUAGAAUUACAUAGCCUGAAGGACCUGGCGCUUGGAGAGCACCCACACAAGUGCAAGGAUUCCAAGGAGAUAGCUCAAGUGAGGAAGUUGCAAGAGUACGAAAUUGACCCUCGAAAACAUAUGAAAGUUCGCAUGGACAAAUUGUAUUCUUUCACAGAAGGAGCAGCAAUAUACCAAACGGAGCAUUAUCCAGAUGCGGAAAACUCGUAUGCAUUUCCAGCAGGCUAUGUCUUGAAAGUGCAGGACCAAAAAAAACUAUUCGAGGAAACUCGAGACUUCACACCAGACAGUGGAAAGCGAGUACCUCGUAUAAAGCCAGCUGAUUCUGCUGUUGUCAAUGUUUUCCAAUGGGUGAAAGAAAUCUUCUCUGGCCUCCCUUGCCUCGUGAUCUAUGAUUACGAUUUCAACGAGACGUUCUACGCAGCCAUGGGGAUCACGAAGGUGAAGGGGGCAGAUAAGAAACGACAAAAAUGGAAGAAGGAGGGCUUCGAAACCACUGAUGGGGAUCACGAUGCAUGCGUGAUCACCUUCCAAGGGUGCAGAGUACUCGUCGUUUUCUUCGAGGUCAAGGCCAGGGAAAUUGCCGACAGUAAACUGAAGGAUGAUAUCCUUGGGCAUGCUGAAGAUCAACUGAGGAAAAGCGAAGUCAUUCUUCGGCAGUUCGUAGGAGCAACAGCGUCCUCGCACACUUUUCUCUGUAGUUUCGUCGCUCUUCCAUAUCUAUCGAGAAGUGACGUUGCCAGGAUCUUGGAAUGCAGUUGCCAUGAACACAUACUCACAAAGGAUGAUCUGGAUUCACACGAUGCGUUGAAGAAAUUCUUCGAAGAACAUGGAAUCCUUCUUACAGGUCAAGAGAGACUGGAUCCAGCAGCCAAAGACUGCUAUUUAGAUGUAAUGAGAACAUAUGUAGCAGCGUCUGCAUCAGUGAAAGGAAUGCCUAGGACGGAGGAAGAUCUCCACAAGAACAUCGAUGAAAGGAUGGAAACGGCUUUAGAUCUUCUCACUCCUCACCAGGGGAAAAUAUUGUUGGAAGAUCGGCCCGUUCUCUUCCUGGCGGGGGCACAAGGUACAGGGAAAACUUACCUGCUCCAACAAAGAGCCAAGCAGCUUGCAGAAAGAGGGGACACCGUCAUUAUCGUCAACAUGUCAAAUGGAGAACUAACUGAUGACAUUAGGAAAUGGCGAGAAUCCGUGGCAUGUAGCACACGUAUUACAGUUGUGAAUAGUACUGCGUUUCUAACCUGUCACAAACAUGGAGUUUGUGAAGAUUUCAAAACUCUCUUUCAGGUGAUCAAUGGGCAAAAACAAAGGUGCAUCUUGAGUGAUGAAAUGCAGGUCAACUUCGGCAUGAAGACAGACGAUCCAGCGGAGAUUGGACAAAUAUGGAAGAACUUUAUCAAGAAAAAGAAAUUUCGUAGCUUGUGGAUCGCCUGGCGUCCCAGCGACAUUGGUUAUCCACAGACCCUUGAUAUCCAGAGAGUCAUGGAUUCCUUGGGGCGAGAACAGGUGGAGUUGCUGACGGAAGUCAAAAGGAACACUACUGACCUUGGAAGGUUUGUGGUAGCAGUCACACUGUUCAUUCAAAGGAGGUUCUCCUGCUUACGCCUCCUUCCCAUGCAAAGCCUUGAAUAUGGACUUAAUCAAAAGGAAGAUUUAUCCCAAGCAAUAGUUCUCUUAAUCCGAAGUCCUCCUGAGUGUAGCAAUGCAGCGCAGUGGGCUUCAGAAGUUGUCGUUCAGAUUCAAUUGCCAUCAGAGGCAAAUCCCGGACACUUCACGAUUAUUACAAGGACUAUUGGAGAAAGGAAUGUGCUGGUACGAGAACUUGAAGAUCGACUGGGACAAGCAGUCGCUUUCCUCGACUCUGAAGGCUGCGUGCGAGGACAUUCCAAUUCGAAGUUCCUCAUAUUUUAUCAAGACCAAGUGACCGGGAUGUCAUUCGAGAAUCUGAUCCUGUUGGAUGACGGAAACAAUUUUUAUCGCUCUUGGUCUAGUAUGGUGAGUAUGGCUCGACGAUCCCUCCAUGUUAUCUACACUGAGCCUCUGCCUACUGGUCACUGGGAAGAACCUACACAUCUUGAACUCAUCCGCUCUCUUAAGAAACCUAGUCAGCCAUCCUUCGGUGUUUACCUUGAUCCACUGGACGAAAAUGCUUAUGCUGAGAUUUCAUGGAUCCCCUUCAUGGAACCCGUCUGUCGCGUUUCGCCCAUUGGGAUUGCAAAUAAAAAGGGGAAAAAUGAUUCUAAGAAAACGGUAAAAAUCGAGGAAAGAAAGAUAGAGCUUCUCUUCGGAUCGAAUCGGUCUGGGAAGACUGCAUUUCUCAUGAAGAGAUUGAAAAGGAAAACAAAGCAGGAAAUUCAGGAAAUGCGGAAAGCCCAGAACGAAACAAUAUCCCCUGCACGGGUAAUGUUCGUUGACUGUAGCAGAUGGAAUAUAACUGCGUAUCCAAGAGGCCUCUGCUUGGUGGACGCCAAAGAGAGGAUAAAGAGGGCAGGACUGGGGAACGUGGCUCAGGUCUUCGACAUCCACGAACUCUUAUGGCAAUACGAACUCUGGAAUCAUCAGUCUCUUUCCCCCCAAGUCAUGCAAGAACUCCUGGUGAAGAUGCUGAGGGAAGGGAAAGAGGAAGGACGAAGACUUCACAUCGCCUUGGACGAUGCACCCAUUCAUCUCAUUUGUCCUGGACUUCGAGACACUGAAGGAUUGCAGGAGGAAUGGGAAUCCGUUUUGAGAGUCCUUUCCUCUAAAUUUGAAGAUACCCUUGCUUCUCUGACCAUCGCCUUCCAACCGUACAUCGACUACGGCAUGACCACCUUCGACUUGAAGAAAUUCAAACUUUCUUCCGAAAUAGGUGUCAGGAUCAUCAAGAAGGGAUUCCUAGAUGUGGGAUUCUCCCAUCUUCUUCGAUACAUCCUUUCCCAUGAAUCCCCCAGGGAACUGAGGGUGAAGCCAGGGACUCUAAACACGAGGCCCGAGCCCUCCUCUCUUGUAUUCGGGGUGAAACCCACGCUCAUCACUCCUCCUAUCCAGACGCAUUACCAUGGGGGAUUCAAGUGCAUUGGUGGCCGGGGUAGAGGAUGCGUUGCCGUCACUGCUGCUGCACACCUUCUCUCCCAUAACAUCGAGAACGUAAUAGUUCUUAUCUCGGAUGAAGAGAUCCUGGGUAUCUUUACUGAAGUUCUCGGAUUGGUGGAAGAGAAAAGAGGGGCAGCCGGGAGCGAAGUGUUGCAGAUCUACCAUCCUAGAGACUACAGAGGAUGUGAGAGUUCUCAGGUGAUGUGCGUCGGGAUUGAGGACUCUUGGGUGGUAGAGGGCAUCUCCCGAGCUAUCCGAACACUUUUCAUCGUCGACGGGGGGACUUCCGCUGCAGCGCAAAGCCGGAUGGGACUCUGGAAGGAGAUGAAACGGAAAGAUGCACGACGGAUUUUCGCCAUGGGGAUAGGCGAAGAUGGGCGAGGGGGAAUUUGGGAAGUUCUAGAUCAUUCCUCGACUCUCUGGGUUCAAGGACCCUGCGGCACAGAUGACGUGGUCCUUGUCCACUCUCACAGACUCAUCCAAUGCAGAGGGAAGGAAGUGAAGAUUCUCCAUCUGGGAGAGAAGGAUCCUCGUCAGGGCCCUUACGAAUGGGACGAGGCGUUCCACAUUCCCCAUCCAUUCCGCGUGAACGGGACUGCGGGGGUAGUCAUCCACGACACUCUCUUCCUUCUGGGAGGACAGGAUAUUCCUCAAGAAGGACGCCGACUUGAUCUCAGUUCAGAGACAUGGCUUAAUCUCCCCGAGAUGAGACUAAGGAGAAGUAGGGCAACUUCCAUGAUGAGGGACCCAUACACCAUCCUCGUCUUAGGGGGUGAGGACCCAGAAACAAGGAGACCACUCUCUAGUUGGGAGUGUUUGGACACAAGAAUGAGGCAGUGGUUUCCCUUUCCCCACGACAUGCCCCUUCCUGUCUCGGGUCAUGCAGUGACUACGUAUAAUAGCCACGUGUACAUUUCGGGCGGAUGGGAUGGGAGGGAAGCCCGCGAGGAGGUGUGGAGAUGUGGGAUUAAUGGCGAUGAAAACUGGGAGGAGCUUCCAUCCCUUAACAUAAAAAGACAUGAUCAUGGGAUGAUGGGAGACGUAGCAAAGGGACUCUCUAUCAUUGGCGGAAGAUAUAUCAGUGAACCAGAAGAGACUGUCGAAGUCCUUGAGACGGAAACAUUGACUCUGGAUAUAGGAAGAUGGGUUUGUGGACAGUGCGCCAUGCUGCUGAAUCACUUCAUUGUUGCUGUCGCUGUUGCCGUCUCAUGA